AGCAGGAAGACAGGUGUAUGCGUACAGAGCUCCUGGACAUGUCUAUCAGCCGUGGAAACUGGUCUAACCUUUCCAGGGUGGCCUCACAGUGGAUUGAAGACGAUGAAGAGGAGCAAAUACGAGAAAGGAGGAGAAGAAAUCGUGAUUUAUCCAGCACAGGAAACAGAGUAGUUGAAGUCUUACCUGAGCCAGAUAAUUCCUGCUCCGACUCAAUUUCAUCUAUCUCCAGCACUGAGGACAGGGAUGUGUUAACAAACAGGACACACCUGGACAGACAGCAAGAAUGUCAAAGUAGCAAGGUUCAUGAUAAAGAAGAGAAUGUAGCAACCAACCAGGAAGAAGAUAAGAAUAAGUGCACCAGAAAUACAGUUGAAGAAAACAAGAGACGGGAUACUGAGAGACUAGAGGACCAACCACCAGAGAGCACUAGAGAUGUGGCAGAAAGGUUAUCAAAAAAAAAUGAAGUUGUCCUGAAACAUGGUAGUCAAAUAAAUGUCAUUCAGAAAGAAGAGCAUACAAGUAAAGUUAAUCAGAUAUCUAAUAGUGACCAAAGAAAAAAUAUUCUGUCCAAAAGUCAGAAUGAAAAUUGUCAGGAGCCUAAACGCUCACAAAAAUGGCAAAUGCACGAGAAUGUGAGAAAACCUACUGAGGAUUCCAUUAGCUGGAAAAAAGAGAGCCAUGGAUCCAAAAUCAAGGAGGUACAACAUCAAGAGAUAAGCUGCCAAAACAACAAGGAUCUUAAAGAGCAGAAAUUACAGACACCUGAAAGUGAGGUCCAAGAUAACCCAGCAUGUAGUAACAAUCCUAGCAGCUCGAGCAUUCCAGUAACUGCAAAACCUUCAGAUACAGAUAUUGUGGCAAGGAGUACUUCUGUAACAUCACCAGGGCCUGGAAACCAGUUAAAGUUCAAGAGUCAAGUGUUUGUUAGUUCUGUGAAAAUUCCACGUCGUCAGAGUGGUAGUGACAGUGGUGUGAAAAGUCCACCUCCUCUGCUGGAAGAGCCAGAAGAAGGAGCCCCUCCUGCAACAAGAACAGUAAGGACUGAAGUAGUUAUUCCAUCAUUGUCCACCACCGUGUCCAGCACAACUCAGAACAGCAAGCAGGAACAUCCUCCUACUCCUCUGCAGACUUCUACAUCCUUUAAGCGGUUUACUCCUUUCACCAGCUCUGUAAGGAUUCAGAGUGAAGAUCGGGUUGAUAGUGGUCUCAUACGGAGUUCCAGCUUAAGGUUAUCCCUCCGGAGUAAAAAAAUAGAAGACCGAAUGGAAAAAUAUAAUUCAGCUAUAAAGAAAUCAGCAAGCGUCAGGGUACCAUCAUCUCACAGUCCAGGAAACCUUGGACCAUCAGAUGGAGUCGCCAGCAAGAGAAGUAUCUUUGAAAAGGAAGAAAAUUCUGCUAGAUCAAAUAUUUCCAGGAAGAACAUAGUUUCGGUUGAUGUGGCUAGCAAAAGAAGUUUGUGGCAGCAGCGGUCCCAGUCAUCAAGCGAUACUAAGCACUAACCUAAAUGAAAAUUGACAACUCACUAAGGACAAAGGGAUCUGUGCCAGCAUGAUCAAACAAACAACCACCUCACUGUGCCUCUGUAUAUGCUACUGAUGCUGUUUUUCACUCUCUUUAUUCUUACAUUUAUACCUAAACUUUGAUAUUAAAUGACCUCAGUGUAUUUAGUCUAUGAGCAUUCACUCAACCCCCCUUUUCUUUAAUUACUGUAUUCAAACUAUUAAAAUAAAGUAAUAUACAUAGAUUUAUUUUGUGUUUUACAUAUAAAUUGUAUUAUUAAGCUGAAUGUAUAAACUUAAUUUCAGAUGAAGAUAUAUUUAACAUCACAAACUCCUAGAACAAUUUUCAAGAACACAAGGUGCCCCAAUCUAGUGAUCUCCAUUUCAGCUAGGAGAGUGGAGUGGUCUUGGCUUAUUUAGAAUUGGCCCUGCAUCUGUUUAAAAAAAAUAUAUAUAUAUUUAUUACUAGUUAUUUAUAUAGUGCACACAUAUUCCGCAGCACUUUACAGAGAAUACAGUAUUUUAUUCACCUCAGCCCCUGCUCCAGUGGAGCUUACAAUUUAUAGUCUCUACCAGAUUUAUGUGCACAGACAUUAACUGAACUCUUAGAGUUAUUUUUUUGUUUGGAGCCAAUUGACCUACCGGUAUAUUUUGGAUUGUGGGAGGAAACUGGAGUACCUGGAGGAAACCCAUACAAGCACGGGGAGACUAUACAGACGCAACACAGUUAUGGCCAUAGUCGGAAUUGUACCCAUGAUGUCAGUGCUGUGAGGCAGUAAUGUUAACCAUUACACCAUCUGUACUGCAUGUAUACAGUACACUACAGCAAGUUUAUGUGUGCAUCAAGAUUUUUAUGUCUCUUAUGGGCCCUACACACUGAAAGAUACCACUGAAAGAUAUGAACGAUCUCGUUCAUUAAUGAACGAGAUAUCGUUCAUAUCUUUCAGUGUGUAGGCACCACUGAAGUGUGGUGGGGUGAGGCAGGUGAGGCAGAGCCUUUACUGUCAUACUAACAUUUGUGCCAGAGUAUUGACUGUAUAAAGUAUAUGAAAAAUACAAAUAAUCUGUUUGAAAUAUCGUCUUUGUAUUAUUCUAAUCAUUUUUAUAACCAAAACUCUGGAAUAAAACGACUAUGGCAGGUGAGGCCUCACCUCCUUAUCUUAUCCGCACAUCUCUGAUCAAAACUCACCAAAUUUCCAGGGGUUUAUACUGCUACCCCUGUGUAUAAUGCCCACAUGAACCCUUGGGCUCAUAUAUUGCAUGUAAAUCUGGCUCUGGGACUAGCCAGUGCCUCCUGAGCCAUUUAGCUUACCGCACGUCCCUGGUUGGCACCAACGAUGAACAAUGCGCGGCCCCGUUCAUCGUUGGUGCCGGCUCGUUCAUACUUGCAAGCCAAUAUGGACAAUAUCGUCCAUAUUAGCAUGCAGGGCUAUGGAGCCAGGUGACGUGGGGAGUGAAGAAACUUCACUCCCCCCGUCACACCCCCACCCACCCCGCUGCCAGGUCGCCUGUCGGCCGUAUCGGUCGUCGGGAAGCUCGGCGGCCAGUCAGGUAACGUGUAGGGCCCAUUAGUUAUAUGGCUUCUUAUGCUUACCCAGUCUCCUGACCAACGAGUUCAUACCAUCAUCCCCAGUCCAAAGUAUGUGACUCAGUGUUUACCACCUCCCUAAAACUAAUGAACAAGUUACUGUUCAUUGGGGGCAUUCCUAUGAUUUAGAUUACCCCCUAUCCACUAAUUUUUGUGUUCCAGUGUAAACCAUUCUCCUUGUUUGCUUAUCAUGCUUCCUGUGUCUACAAUAAAACACAAUUAAUUUCUGCCAUGCUA